AUGUGUGAACAUAUCAUGAUUUCCGUAAAUAAUCAUCGUUAUGCUUCUGUUUAUAUGGCUUUAUUAAAAAAUAAUCCAAAAUUAAUUGAUGAUGAUUUACGUGAACAAAUGUCAACCAAUGUUCAUGCUGAUGUUUGUCAAUCAUGUAAAGAUGCAGUUCAAUCAUCAAAAGAUUUUUGGGGCAAUAAUUUAGACGCAGUUCGUAAUGUAUUACUUCGUACAUGUGAAUAUUGUCCAUCUAAAGAUGAAUGUCGUGAUUAUACUAAUCAACGAUUUGAUAAUAUUAAAUCGUAUUUAAAUAAUAUCGAUCCAACACAAUUUUGUCAAACUAUGCAUCUUUGUUCGACAUCUGCUUCUACUCACCCACACCCCCAUGAACCAAAAUCAGUCCUUGUUAAUUUAUUACCAGAAUAUGAAAACGAAGAAAUUAAUGAUUCUAAUUCCACUUGCAUUCUUUGUGAAUAUGCAAUGAAUAUUCUUUCAAGUUAUAUUCAUCAAAAAUCAACUGAAGAAGAAAUUGAACAAGAUUUACAAAAAGUUUGUCAAGAAAUGCCAGCAACACUUCGAAGCCAAUGUCAUGAAUUAAUUGAUAACUAUGGCCCAUCAAUAAUUGCCGUACUUAUUGGUCAUUUUGAUGCCUCAACAGUUUGUCAAAAACUUAAUUUAUGCACCAAACAAAUGAAAGUUGAAUUAUCACAUAUAACAAAAGCAAAUCAAGCAACAUGUGGUGUUUGUGAUUAUGUUUCAACAUAUAUGAAUUUUGUAUUAAAACGUGAUUCAAGUGAAAAAUCAGUUGAACAUGCAUUAUCAACUGUUUGUUCACAUUUAUCAAAUGAACAAAGUCCACAAUGUGAAACAUUAGUUGGAUUAUUUCGACCACAUUUUCGAAAAUUAGAACUUCAACGUGAUAAUAAUUUCUGUAAACAAUUAACUAUUUGUCAAACACCAAUGGAAGAAUUAAAACCAGCUAUUCAAGUUAAUCUUCGUCCAUUAGAACAACAUUCACAUGAUGAUAAUGAUUUAAAGGAAGCAAUUAUGAAUAAUUUAGAUUUAACUCCAGAAUGUACAUUAUGUCGUUAUGUUGUUUCAUAUUUGGAUGCAGUUAUAAAGAAUAAUAAAUCUCAAGAAGCAGUUGAAGCUGCAUUAGCAAGAGUUUGCACCAUUUUACCAAGUAUGAUGAAUAAUAAAUUAGAAAUUUUUUUUUUAUAUAUUAAUAAUGUAUUUUUUUUUGUUAUUUUAAGAAAAAGAUCAUGUUAA